AUGGGUCAUAAAGUUAGAGGGAGACAAGCUAAGAAGGAAAGGAAAUCGAAGCAUGCGCAUCAUAAGCAUAGCAGCAGCGAGGAGAAACACAUGGAUCACGAGUUAGAAUCCGUUCACGAAAAUAAGCCGGAAGAAGAACAUAAUAAUAAUGGUAUAAUUCUUUCCAAGGUUGAGCAAGUUGAUCUUUCCUUGUUAAAUGAUGAGGGUCCAUUUUUUGAAAUAGAUUUGAAAGAGGAACAGAUGCCAUUUUUUGGACUUUUAAAUAGUGAGCAGGCAGCUUAUUUCAGGCAAGCAGAAUCAACUUUAAAUCUUGAUACAUUUGAGACUCCUGACAUAAAAUUAACUUUUAUUCAAAGUAUAUUUGAUGAAGCAAAGGGUAAUUCGCUUAAGCUAGCUACAAACCAAAUUUGUUCGAAGUUGAUGGAAAGAAUUAUUAUGCUAAGUAACGAAGAUCAGAUGAAGCAGCUAUAUAUGGAAUGUCGUGGCUUUUUUUAUCAGCUGUUCAUUCAUAAAUAUGCAUCGCAUGUUAUGGAAGCAUUUCUUGUUAGGGCAGCAUCUUUCAUAGAGAAGGAGAUGCUAAAAAGGGAUGACGAGAAUUACGAAAAAUUUGAAGAUGAGGAAAAAAAUAUUUCGAUGGAAGAGAUCGUACUUAAUAUAGUAAAGGAGAACCAACCUAAACUGAAGCGACUAUCUAAAAAUAAGUAUGGAUCACAUGUUUUCCGAUUGCUACUACUUAUUUUAGCGGGAAAGGAGCUUCCAUCUUCCAUAGAGUCUAAUUCGCUUUUAAGAUCUAAGAAAUCGAAAAUUGCCAGAAAGAUGGUUGAACUUGAGGACACAGAGGAUUAUAAAAGAAGCUUUCAAAUACCAUCAUCAUUUGAACAAGCCCUAUCAUUAAUAGUAGAGAUUAUGGUGAGGACGGAAACAAAAGAAUCCUUAAGAGAAACUGCAAUCGAUCCAAUUGCAUCUCCUGUUGUUCAGCUAAUAAUUGAACUUGAAGGUAAGGCCAAUAGAAAUCGACCAUUCUGGACUUUAACUUUUGAGAGGGCUGAUGAACCAACUAAUGAGAAAGAGAAAUCGUUUGUUGAAUAUCUUCUUUCAGAUCCAGUUGGCUCUCAUUUUUUACAGACCGCUAUAUCAAAUCAGAAAAUGAGGAAUAUUAAUAGGUUAUAUCAUCUUUAUAUGGAAGACAGAGUUGUCAAACUUGCAAAAAGGGAGACAACGGGCUCGUUCGUGAUACAGACUCUUUUGGAGAAAUUAAGAGCCAAGGAUCAGACAAAAAUAAUGGACCAAUUGGUUCCUGUUUUGAAUGAACUAAUAGUCAAUAACAUUGGCAUGGGAUCCAGUAUAGUAGAGUGUUCGAGAAGAAAUAACGGAUACUUAAAAGAUGAAAUCGUCAAGAAAUUGUUUGACUUUUUCAACAAAGACAUCAAUGGAGUGAAGACCGACGAUGACCAGUUCAUGAUGAACAUUUUACAAUUAAGGAAAUCCACAUUAUAUUCUACAAAAGAUGACUGGCCAACAUCGGAGGAGAGAAGAAGGGCAAUGUUCUUAGAGGAGUUGAUUGAUUUUGAUGAUCAUAUCCUCAAGUAUUGCUUAAAGUCCAUGUUACAGCUAGCAGAAGAACCAAAACCAGUUUCACAUGCGCAUGCUCGAGAAAGAUCUAAAUACAAUAAGAAUGAUGAUAAAGAAUCAGGGAAGGACACGGAAGGAACAAUCAAGAUGCAAGAAAAAGAUAUUGAAAAUGCACAGGAAAGCAACUCUAAUAUGUUGAUAGAACUGUGCGAACAUGGUGUGUUUUCUCACAUUGUCGAAGAAUGCUUAAUAAAUCAGAGACGCGUGAGUAAAAUUGAGAGAAGAAGGAUAUUAAAUGCUUUAACUCCGCAUGUGGUUGAAUUAGCUUGCGAUGCCCAAGGUUCACAUAUCGUUGAUAAACUCUUUCCUUUUACAAUAUUCUUGAAUAUGUAUAAAGAAAGAAUCGCCAGUAAGCUUUUAAAUAACGAGGAAUUGGUGAAGCGGACUGUCUACGGGAAAAAAGUUUGGAAAAAUUGGAAGAUGGAUGUUUAUGCCAGACAUUUUGGUGAUUGGAAAAGAAUGGUCAAACAAGAAGAAAUUGAUCAGGCAGGAGAAGAUGGAAGCCAUUUAAACCAUAGUAAUAGAGAUAAUGGGUACCAGCAUUCUACUGGAAUUAAAAAGAGGAGAAUUAAUUGA